AUGAACCUUCUAUUCCCUCAAGUUGCCCACACUCCCUCUGGCAAGAACCUAGCUCUCCCCGAAGAGCCUGAACUCUGGACCACCGCACUCAAGGACCACAUUAAAGAAAAAUUCCACAACCGAUCCAGUGCUUCCUCAAUCAAGAGCUCUACCAAGACAAUGGCUGAUAAUGCCUCCACACAUUCUACCGUUUCCACUGCAACAACUCUCAAGGGAAAUGCGGACGGCAACAAGAAGAAGUGGUACUCUCUGAGCUCCAAAUCCAGCAAAGACUUCCCAUCGGAGCCCAAGUACAUCAAAGACUCUGAUCGGGAGGCCGCCCGCAAGGCCGUACACAAUGAAGCCGUUGCCAGCUACUUCAGCAUGCGCUAA